AAAGAUUUCACUUCAAAAUCUAAUAAAAUUCUUACGGCGUUCAGCGACAUUCUUGCAUGUCAAAUACUGUACUUGAAGACUUUUACAAAGUGUUUGUUCGUUCACUAAAAGAUCUUCCCGAAAAAUGUCCUGAGAUUGAUACAGAUGUACGCCAUUCUAUAACGAUAUCUGCACACCUAACAUUAUCUCAAAGCGGGCGAAAGUGGAGUGGACAUGUUCUAAGAGAUCUAAAAAAAUGUCACUUCAAGAUGGUGAGGUGUGUCUUAUAGAUAGGUGUGGAAAUGUUAUUAAAAUAUGAGGUGGUAGCGGUGACAUGGUGAAUACUCGCCGUACAGAGUCUGGUGGUAACCAUCGCUAUCACACAAGGAGAACAAAUGAUGGUGUUCGACAUAUAGAUACUUCAAGUGGUAGUGAAUCAGAAGAAUUACAAGGUGAUGAUGAAUCAUGGAGUCCACAUAGUAAAUCUGAUAUUUUACCAUUAAAUAAAUCUGAAUCAGCAUUACCACCUCGUGUUCGAGAACUUCGAAGUAGAUUUGUUUAUGAUAACAGGAAAUUUAAAUCUUAUCAUUUACGUAAAACUGAUGUGGUGGAUACAAGAAAACACCCAAAAUUAAAAGGUCGUUUAGAAGUAUAUGUUGCACAUAAACAUCGAAUGGACAACAUGGACUCGUAUAACCCCAAUGAUAGCGAAGAAGAUUGUUAUUCACCAAGGCACAGUUCUAGGAGGCGUCAUCGUACCCUCAUGGGACGAGUUGAACGAAGAACUGCUUUAUCAUUACGCCCUUUAACUGCAAAAUCGUACGUUGAUAGAUCCCCAAUGACUUGUCAUUCUGAUGAUAGUGAUGUUGUAGUAGGAGUUCGCCGCAGUGCUCGACAAAGAAAUCCUCAGUAUAAAAGCUUGGGGUCAUGGAUUACAGACGAUCAAAUGCCUAAGAAAGGUUAUCCCAAUGCGGAAGAAUAUUCAGAAGAAGAUAGUAGGGAUGCUCAAGUGAAAAGAUUGCCAAGUCGGCGAGAAAUAAAGAAAAACACACGUUAUUUAAACGAUUAUCAAACAACAGACAUUCCAACAAAUAGAAGAAAUAGAAGAUUAAGAAACGAAGAUGAAUCUAUAGGAAAAUCUGUACAUUCAUUAAGGGGACAUCGUAGUCAUUAUGAUGGUCAUGAGAAUAAAGAAAGAUCAGCGCGUAGUACACGACAAACAAGAAAUAGCGGUGGAAAACCCGAAAAUGGUGAAAAUGAAACUGAACAUGAAAAAGCAGAGGACGAAGAUGAAAAUGAAAAUGAGGAAGAUAAAGUGCACGUUGAAGAUAAUAACGGGAUUGAUGACGAAUUAAUUGUUGAAGAAGAAAAGAAACCUGAAAAGAUUGUAAAAAAAGAAACACAAAAAAAUAAUGGUAUUAUGGAUAAAAGCAGCAAUGAUGGCGAUGAGAAAAUUGAUCAAAUAAGCAAGGAGACAUCCGAAAGUGAUGUUGUUGCUCCUAGAGUUACUAGAAAAAGAAGUAAUAGGAUUAUGGAUGAUAGUUAUUGUUUAAGAAAAAAUAGACAAAUUCGCAAAGUUUCAGAAAGUUCAACUUCAUCAGAAGAAGGAAGAGUUUACGCCUUAAGAGAGCGCGUUCCAAAAACAUCAAAUCCAAUCAUAAUGCGAGAAAUUUCAUCGCAAUCACCACGAUCAGACAACCGUCGAAGUCGUCGUCGUUUUCGUCGAAAAAGGUCCCCAUCACCGUCCGAUACAUCAGACGAAGACGAACGCGUUCGUAACAAAUAUAGUAAAAAUCCGAAAUCGCCGCAUUCGAAAAACGAGCCGCCGUUAAAGUCAGGCGCGGGCGGCAGUAAAAUAAUUCCUAUCGGACCUGAAAAGCUUGACUCGAACGUUCGGUUUAGUUCGGUGGGAGGUUUGGACUCGCACAUUCAAUGUUUGAAAGAGAUGGUGCUGUUACCCAUGAUGUAUCCAGAGGUGUUCGAGAAAUUCCAGGUGCAACCGCCGCGUGGUGUUCUUUUUUAUGGGCCGCCGGGAACGGGAAAAACUUUAAUAGCACGCGCAUUAGCCAAUGAAUGUUGUUUUGGGGCCCGAAAAGUUGCUUUCUUCAUGCGAAAGGGCGCUGAUCUUUUAAGCAAGUGGAUAGGCGAGUCGGAAAAGCAGUUAAGAUUACUUUUUGAACAGGCUGCUGAAAUGAAACCUUCAAUAAUAUUUUUUGACGAAAUCGAUGGUUUAGCACCGAUUCGUUCAUCUAGACAAGAUCAAGUUCACGCUAGUAUUGUGUCAACGCUGUUAGCUUUGAUGGAUGGAUUAGAUAAUAGAGGGGAAGUUAUUGUUAUUGGUGCAACAAAUCGUAUUGAUGCCAUCGAUCCAGCUUUAAGAAGACCUGGACGAUUUGAUAGAGAGUUAUUUUUUCCACUACCUGCUAAAACGGAAAGAGAGGAAAUAAUAAAAGUGCACAUUUCAAAGUGGGCUUCAAAACCAAGCGAACAAAUGAUAAAUUAUUUGGCGGAGAACUCUGUGGGUUAUUGUGGUUCUGAUUUAAGAGCGUUGUGUUCGGAAGCGGUUAUACAAAGCUUUAGAAGGACUUAUCCUCAAGUGUAUAAUUCUGACCAUAAACUUCUUUUGGAUCCGGAACAAGUUAAAAUCGAAAAAGUGGAUUUUCUCCGUGCAAAAUCAUAUUUGGUGCCGUCUUCUCAUCGAAGUGGUCAAAGAACCGGACGAAAACUUCUUCCAAGUUUACAACCGCUGCUUGAUGAAACUUUAAAAGAAGUUCAUAGUUUAUUAACGAAAUUAUUUCCGCAUGGAUCUAAUCCAAGUUUAGCUAAAGUAAAAUUGGCAGCAGGAUUUAGACCAGCUCAAUUCAUCAUUGUUGGCGAUUCAGCUGAUCAUGGACAAACAAAUCAUUUGGCCCCCGCAAUUUUGCAUAGUAUGGAACAUAUAAAUGUACAUGUUUUGGAUAUAACGACACUUUAUCAGGAAACUGGUCGAAGUGCUGAAGAAGCAUGUAUACAAGUAUUUCAAGAAGUUAAACGUAACGUACCAAGCGUUUUGUACAUUCCGUGUGUUGAUCAAUGGUGGAACUUGGUUUCAGAGACGGUUAAAACUAUUUUUAAUAAUCAAUUAGAAUGUUUGGAACCGAAUAGUCCCAUUUUAAUAUUCGCCACAGCUAAUAGUAUUUACAGCGAAUUAUCUGAAGAGUUGCAGUUUAUUUUUUCGCCGUAUCGUAAAGAAGUUUACGAAAUAAAAUCUCCGUCUUCAGAGUCGCGUAAAAAUUUCUUUAAACCUCUUAUAAUUGAUACGAGUAUUAAAUGUCCGCGUUCGCCAAGAAAGCGACCAAAAACACCUUUUGAACUGCCUAAAGCGCCUACUCCACCUCCUGUUCCACUAUCAAAAGAACAAGAACGAAAACUUUAUGAGGUUGAAGAACACACAUUGAGAGAAUUGAGAAUAUUUUUAAGGGAUAUGUGUAAAAAAUUAGCAAACAAUAGAUUAUUUUAUAUGUUUACCAAACCUGUCGAUACUGAAGAAGUACCUGAUUAUCCAACCAUUAUCAAACAACCAAUGGACUUGGAGACUAUGAUGAUGAAAGUUGAUUUUCAUAGAUAUGAGUGCGCUAAAGAUUUUUUAAAUGAUAUUGAAUUAAUUGUUCAAAACGCUUUAGAAUAUAACCCAGCUAAAACUAGCGCGGAUAAGCAAAUAAGACAUAGAGCUUGUUCCUUGAGGGACUAUGCUUACACAUUAAUAAAAAACGAAAUGGAUAGUGAUUUUGAAGAUAAAUGUCAGGAUAUAUCCAAGAAACGUGUUGAAAGAAAAGCAAGCACUACGCAAUAUUUACCACCAUUUUUGCAAACACAACCGGAAGAAAUUAUUUUAAUAAAUGGAAAACCACCAAAUGACCAAAUUCAAAAACCAACGUUAUCAAACGGUACAAGUACAACAAGAACAAGUCCAAAUAGAAAAAGAAAGUUACCUAGUUGGCAAAGAGGUUUGCUUACUUCUAGAAAGAAAAAACGACGUGAAAAAAAUCCCGAAAACGAAGGAGCGGAGGAAAAUAUUGAUGAUAAAUCUUCUGAUGAAUCAAAAGAUAAUAACAUGGAUUCAGAAAACACAAACGGAGCGAGAAUUUCUUACUCUGAAGAUAGUCAUGAUAUGACUAAUUCUUUAACCCCAUUAACAGUGGAUUGUACCUCGAAUAUUAAAACUAAUAAUCCAUUACAAUCACCAAAUGCAAAACGAAGGUUAAGCGAUCUUAUGAGCCCCUCUGAAUUACUACAAGAUACUUUAGAUUUUGACGAUGUUGAUCAGGCGUUAAACGAAACUAGCGAUGUUCAUUCGAAAGAAAUUGUUGAAAUUUCAGAAAAUGAAUUAAACAAAAUUUUAAAUUUUGCUGUUGAAGUUACAACCAACCAAUCUCUGCAAUCAUUAUUAGAUCUUCAUUAUCAGUUAAGCCGAAUUAUUAAGCAAUACUCAAAGAAUUAUAAUAGAACGAAAUUACCAGACGAAUUAAUGAGUGAAUUGAAACGAUAUCAAGAAGAGACGGAAAUCAAUACUGCAGAUUUAAGUGAAGACCUAAAUAAUUUAAGAAAUAUUUGAUUCCAUAGUACUUUAUUAACAAAAAUAAAACUUUUUUUCUUAAAGAUGAAAGAUAUGUUCAAAAUUGCCGUUCAAGCUGUUAAUUUAUUAUUAAUUAUUUAAAGUGUUUAUUUACGUUUAAAGCUGCAGUGUAUAUUAUGUACUUAUUAUUUUUAAUUCAUAGUUUUUAAUACAAUAGUGAAAUAGCCAAAGAAAAAGCGAAAAAUGAAUCAAACACUGCCAAUAUAUGGAAGGCUGAUUUCUUUUUAGAUGUAUUUUUUUAAAAUGCACUUUUUUUAUUAGUUUAAGUAGUAUUAAUGUUUCUUUCCCUGUUUGUGUUCCGUUUUUCUUUACUAGCAACAACUUUUUGGUUUGUUAUUUAAAAAAAAUUGUUUAUAUUAUUAUUUUUGUUCAUCAAAAUACCACAGUAAGAAUAAAAUGUGUUAAUUUUUAUA